AUGACAGGAGGAGCUGGGGAAACUAGUUAUGCCAGAAACUCUUCCCUCCAGAAGAAAGCAUCUGAUGAGGCAAAACACAUAACGCUAGAGACACUGCAACAACUCUACAAAGAGACAAGACCAAAGAGUACUUUAGCAAUAGCUGACCUGGGAUGCUCUUCAGGACCAAACACUCUUUCCACCAUUAGAGACAUGAUCAAAGCCGUCGAAGUUACUCACCACCUCGAGAUCCCAAACCAGCCCUUGCCGGAAUUCAGCAUCUUCCUCAACGAUCUCCCUGGAAAUGACUUCAACACCAUAUUCAAGUCCUUCCCUGACUUCCACACAGAGGUCAAGAGAGAUAAUGGUGAUUCCCCUUCAGUUUUCAUUGCAGCCUACCCUGGAUCAUUCUACGGAAGGCUCUUCCCUGAAAACACCAUCCACUUUAUCCACUCCUCUUACAGCUUACACUGGCUUUCCAAGGUUCCUCCAGCUAUAUAUGACGAGCAAGGCAAGUCCAUAAACAAAGGCUGUGUGAAUAUCUGCUCCUCCAGUCCUGAAGGUGUUACCAAAGCUUACUACAGUCAGUUCAAGGAAGAUUUCUCCACUUUCCUCCGGUUUCGAUCGAAAGAGCUGGUUUCUGGAGGCAGAAUGGUACUCAUAAUACUUGGAAGAGAAGGUCCUGACCAUAUCGACAGAGGAAACUCUUUCUUCUGGGAACUUCUCUCAAGAUCCAUAGCGGAUCUUGUAGCACAAGGAGAGACUGAGGAAGAGAAGCUGGAUUCUUACGAGAUGCAUUUUUACGCUGCGAGUGCUGAUGAGAUAGAGAGUGAAGUGAAGAGAGAAGGGUCUUUUGAGUUAGAGAGGUUAGAGAUGUUGGAAGUUGACAAGGAGAAAGGGAACGAGGAUGAUAUCAGUUACGGUAAGGCGGUUGCGAAGACUGUGAGAGCGGUUCAGGAAACAAUGCUUGCUCAGCACUUUGGGGAAGAGAUUCUCGAAAAGCUGUUUGAUACUUAUGGUAGAAUGGUUGAUGAAGAGUUGGCUAAAGAAGACAUAAGACCUAUCACAUUUGUUCUUGUCCUAAAAAGGAAGCUCUGA